AUCCUUGUCUGAACAGUCACAGUUUGGGCAAGAUCCACAAGAAAUCACGUGCAUUCCACCUUUUGAGAAACAUCUAGGUCAGGGGUUGUGUUAGACAAGUGUAUUGACUUUGCAAAUUGAUAGAGAGACUGUCGGAAGGUUUGAUACCAGCUAUGUCUACUGAUGAAGCAGUUGGUGAAGAGGAAGGCUUAGGGGAUGGUUUAAUGAAAGACGGUGAUGCUUUAAAUACCAAGACCAGUCCCGAUAAGACAGCCUGCCCAUGUGGAAGGAAGCGGAGUAUAAUCAUUGCAGUAGUGGUUCUGUUAGGGGCUGCCUUCGUCCUUGGCCUUGCCCUCGGUUUGGGUUUUGGUCUGAAGCCGGGUCAAGGUCAGCGGUUGGCAAUCGGGGCGGUGGCGGCAGACCACCCAGCAUGCUCCCGCGUAGGCAGAGAUAUUUUAGAAGAAGGUGGGUCUGCGGUAGAUGCUGCCAUUGCUUCACUGUUGUGUGACGGAGUCCGACAGCCACACAGCAUGGGCUUAGGGGGAGGAUGUUUUAUCAUGGUAUAUCAAAAAUCGCCCCGGAAAGCUGAAUUUAUCAACGGUCGAGAGUUCGCUCCCUUGGCAGCCUCUUUAGAUAAGUUCAUCAACAAGACGUUCCGACAAGGUCCUUUAUCGAUAGCUGUCCCACCAGAAGCGAUGGCAUAUUGGGAGGCGCAUCAGAAGUAUGGUAAGCUGCCCUGGGCGACGCUGUUUGAACCUGCUAUCAAGAUGGCGAGAGACGGUCACCCUCUGUCCAACUCAUCUGCGAGGGCACUGGAGCUGAUGACGAGGAGAUUCAACGUGUCACUGAAGAUGGAGUUCCCGGAGCUCUGCAAGUUCUUCUGUAACGAGCAGGGUGGCCUUAAACUGGAAGGUGAUGAAGUGAAGUUACCUGCCCUUGCUAAGACGCUGAGCGGGAUUGCGAAGCACGGUCCCGACUAUCUAUACAAAGGGGAGGUUGCUGAACGCUUAUUGCAGGAAAUCGAACAGUUUGGUGGACUUCUGACCAAAGCCGACUUCGAAGUGAACUUGACCCGUCAUGAGCGCCCCCUUGAGUAUAAGUAUGGCGACUUGACGAUGUAUGUCCCGGGAGCACCUAGCGGGGGGCCUGUGAUGGGUCUCAUCCUGGAGAUACUGGAAGGUUUUAACUUCACGCCAGCUGACAUUGAAACCCCGGCUGCCGAGGCCGCCACGUACCACAAGAUCAUCGAGGCUUUCAAGUUUGCCUAUGCAGACAGGCUGAAACUGGGGGACCCUCACUUUGUACAGUUACAUGACCUCAUAAGGAAGAUGACGUCCCCUGCCUAUGCGGCGUCCCUGCGCAAGAAGAUCGACCUGAGCCGCACCCACAACACCAACUACUACACCGACGUCACCGGCGAACCGUGGGACGAGCAGGGCACAGCACAGAUAAAUGUCCUGGCUCCCAACGGCGACGCCGUGGCUGUCUGCAGCACCAUCAACUACUAUUUCGGCUCCCUCCUCGUGUCGCCAUCUACCGGGAUCAUCCUCAACAACGAGAUGGCGGACUUCUCCAUUCCUAACGUCUCCUACCUCGACAACCUAAAGGCAGUUCCUCCCAACUACAUCGAGCCUGGGAAGCAGCCCUUGUCGUCAAUGGCGCCAGCGAUAUUCGUGGACGGAGCAGGAGAUCCCAGACUCGUCAUAGGAUCUUCUGGAGGGGCCAGGAUCUCCACGGUCAAUGCUCAGGUUGCAGCCAGGAUCCUGUGGCUGAAGCAGUCUGUGGAGGAGGCAGUGCGGCAUAAACGAUUCCACCAUCAGUUGUUCCCUGAUAAACUCAAGUGGGAGCCGGGAUUCAACCAGGACAUCCUGGACAUCCUCCACAACGACUACGGCCACGAGCUGCUACCACGGACGACGUACAUGGCGGUGCUGCAGGCGAUAUAUCGCGACCCGGACACUCGCCAGAUACACGCCUUCUCCGACGAGAGGAAGAAGGGCGUUGCCAGUUUGAUGUACGGGGACGCCUUGUGAUGGGGACGCCUCGUGAUGGGGACGCCUCGUGAUAGGGAACGCAUGUAUACUCUCACUGGCCGUGUUGUGCUAUCAUUGUCAUAUCUGUCAUGAUGUACGGAGAUACUUCGUAAUUGGUAUUUGUAGGAGGGCUUGGUGAAGUCAGUGAUUGUGUUUACUGUUACUGUUGUAGAUCUCUCUACCAGGAUGAACGGAACUUAACUAUGUGUUACACUGUGUCAGACUAUGUGUUAACCUUCGCUAUGGGGUAUUUGUAGGAGAGCUUUGUGAAGUCAGUGAUUGUGUUAACUGUUGUAUCAGACUACCAGGAUAAAGGGACACACAAUUUACCCUGGUUGUCGUAGACAAAGCGGGAGUCACCUUGUCCGUCUGACUACGUGUUACACAUGAGAAAAGGUUUUUCUUAUUUAGAUCAGUGCAUCUGUACUAGAGUAACGGUGCAUUACUCGAGCAAUCACUAUCCACAUCGUACUCGAUGUCUGGAUACCGUUUUGUCCCCAGUACCAAAUUACUCUAACAUUCGCACUCGACUGUGAAAAAAAUGAUGAUAAAUGGUAAUUCUUACUUCAUAUGUGUGAUAUUGAGUUUGUUUAAAGGAAUAUUAAGUAAUCAUGUACACUGCUCCUGUAAGACUCCAUCUUCCCAAGGCAAGGGAGUUAACUGACUGUAAAAGUCCAGUUUCCACCCUUGCCGAACGAGGCGACUACGAGUUAUGACCCUUCUAUGUCUGUCAUAUGGACGAAUCAGAUUCCAUCUACCAUAUCCCCCGUAGCAUCAAAGCACAAAGUCGCUGUUCCUGUCCGAAUGUGUUCAGCCAGUAACGAAAUCUGUUCACUACUGUACAGGCUGGCUAACAGCAAAUGGGAACAUUGACAGCGACUGCAUGGAACCUUUUAGUACACCCUCCUUAUCAUCUUCUCUCUCAUACACCUUCUUGAGAAAUGCCACUUCUGCAAAAACAUCUUUAUGAAGUCUCAUACUAAGACUGGAUUCUGAUGAAAUCUUUGGCAGCACUUCCUUUGUUUCAUAGCCAGUGGAAUUUCCAGCUUCAAAAGCUGUGCUGUCCACGGUCCCUUAUUAAACAUAUGAAGGCCCACUCUGCUUGAUGGCGUCUGCAAUUUGUUUUCUUUCAGGCCAUUUGAUUGGUCUCCCUUUGGUGACACCAUGUUCAUGCUUAAUCUGUGUAAAUGGUUUGAUUAGACUUCACCCAUACCUUCACUGGAUUGUCCUUUGGUUCCUUUCUUAUAUUUACCAUGUAUCUUAUACAUCAUGGAAAUUUGCAGCAUGCCUUUGAAGUGAAAAAUGGACUAUUCGUCUUUCUUGAGUUUAAUUUUCUAACAAGGUUACAUCGAAAGAUCAAAGGACAUGCAGGGCUGGUUUUGCUGAUGGCUUUUGCUAAAACGGUUGUCCAGUUUCCAGUUAACCCCCGUCCCCUCUUCUGUUGGUUUUCAUGUCGAUUGUCUUCCACUUUUUGCUCUUGAUGUGAAAGGCGAAUUUCUCUGGCUCAAGAGCUGGAUUGUCAGCAUCAGCACUGUCGUCACACAUUCUCUCGUGUUCAUUUUCUUGUUCAGUGUUGCCAUCACAUAACCCAAUUUCAGUGUCCUUCAUUUUUACUCCACAUCUGUCGUCAUAAAGUUUGCAGUCACCAAGAUCGUCUUUCGCAGAAUAACGUUUGACUACAUUUACACCAUCAGUCAUUUCUUCCUCUGCAAUUCGAUGUCUACCUACAUAUGUAGCAUGAGAGUGUCCUGUGUCUAUUUGCUCAGGUUUACAACUGGUUGGCAAAUAUUUCAAUCUUUGUUUCAAACGCGGUAAAUGUACCUUUUAACAUUUCAGAAAUUGGAAAACGAUAAUGUUAGCAAGGCCAAAAGUGUGACACUUGUUCAAGUGUGGGUGAUGAUGGACCCUGACCAGAAACCUUUUUUUCUGUGGAAACGGAUGUAGGGGGUUUGGUUGAAGAAAGCGAUAAAGUGACAGGGUCUAUGAGUAGAGGCCACACUAAUUAUACAAUUACAUUUUCCUAUAUGUGUUUAUUUGUCCUAAAAUACAGUCAGUAUUUAAUGAGGGCUACUUCUGCAAAGGUUUUCCUCGCAAUUUAAGUCUUUAUUGUCAAUAAGAACAAAACUAAAAGCAACAGCAGACUCUUAAUUCCAUCUUUUUUAUAUUUUCUUAAACAUGAACUAACUUGUUCAACCUAGUUCACAUCGCUAUAUGGCUGAAAUAUUGCCGAUGCGAUGUAAAAUUUAACUCACUCACUAAACAUGAACUGAAUAACGAACCCGGUGCUGGUUAGUUUUCCUUAUUCAAAAGUACUGAAUAGUUUAACAGUUGUUAGGAGAUAGACCACAGACUAUCUAAUAUUUAAUAGUAUUGUUGGACAUAAACUGAAUAACGAAUCCGGUGCUGGCUUGUUUUUCGUUAUUCGAAAAACGAAUAACGAAUAACUGUCCCACUGGACAUACGGUAUCUUAUGUUUGUUACACCAAGGCUGAAUAGCGAACCCGGUGCUGGUUUGGUGUUCGUUAUUCCAAAGUACUGAAUAACUAAACAGCUUUUGGAUGAUGACGUUAGACAAACCUGCUGUCACAUAUUAUAUGAGUUUCAGUGUACUUAACCACCCACAGUACUGUAGUUGUUUAAUAUACAGCCUUUGAUUAACGAACUCGCUGCUAACUUCAGGCCCCUGUUGAAUUUCCAGUGUUGGUACAAGGCUACCCCUUUCCACCUUGGUAUAAUGGUAAAAUCACUCACUCGCGCACUGCUCGUGUAUAAACGUCGUCUUUGUAAUUUUGUGUUUAAGGCACCUCAUGACGGAAACGUGGAAGUUGGUGUUGCUUUUAGACUUUUCAUUCAUAUAACCUGGUGACAAUGUACAAAACUAUUCAUGCCAUUUAAUGUUAGACGUGAAAUAUUAUUGCGAGCUUUAUAAGAAGAUAAACCAUUCUUCCUCUUCUUUUGUACCUAGUUUUAUAAAAAAAAAAUCACUCUUACAACGUGUUCGUUCUAUUAAUUAAAAUAACUAUUGUUCUAUUUGUACUCUUGGGGCAGUGGUAGCAAAGUGGGUUCGACACCCCAUCUAUCCCACUCCCCAUGGGUAAAAUGUGUAAAGCCCAUUUCUGGAGAGAACAUUGAAGAUCCGGGGUAGGAUAGG